CCUCUUUUAUAUAUUGGUUGAAAUAAAGUUUAAAGCAUAGAUAUCGCAUAAGGGCGAAAGAAUGUGACAUAAAUGAUUGCACCAAACUUUAUAAACUCCUCUCCACCAUUAGCCAUUGAUAAUUCAUCUUCAUUUUCGUCAUCACUAAACCGGGCCGUGAAAAAUGACUCUUUUAAACACAAAGUGUCCACGUCGGUAGUUGAAAGGGAUCGUAAGCUAUAUAUAAGAUAGAUGGGUCACUCCACUUAUCAUCAAUUGAUUUUAGGUUGAAAGCUCGUCUAACUUAACAUGGUAUCAGAGUCCGAUCCACAUCGAUUUGGCCCAAAGCUGGUCCAUCGAUCAUUUAUUUUAUUAGUUAAUCAGUAUUAAUAUUGUACCAAUUAUAAAAAUCAAAAAGUAAAAUAAUACGGGUUUUGCAUAUGGUUAAAAGUUCGGUUUAGUAUAUUUUACUAAAACUUUUUUAUCUUAGUUUCAAACGGUGAAAACCUACAUAGCCAAAUAUAUAAUUCAAAGACAUAGUUUAUGUGAACAAAAUAAUAAUUUAAAUAAUAAAAACGUAUUACAUUUAUUGUUAGUUAAUUUUUCACUCCAUAUAACUAUUUUACUUAUUAAAAAACUCUUUCUAUUUCACUCAAUUUAGCCAAACAAAUAAAAAGAGUUUUUAUUUGUUCCAUACAUAACAGUUAGGCAUGGACAUUCAGUAUGAGUUGUUUCUUUCGGAUAUCAUUUUUAGGUUUUGAAAUCAGGUUCCACUCGGAUAUUAUAAAUUUAUGUGUGAAUUUCGAGUUGAGUCAUUCUAGAUCUGAAUGAGUUCGGUUCUGAUGUAUAGAAAUUUAAAAAUAUAUAAAUAAUGAAUGUAUCUGCAAUGAAUUUGAUAUUUGUGCCAAAAAUAACCAUAUUAUCUCAUUCGUUCGGGAUCUUUUGAAUAAAAUUAGUUAUAUGGCGACACAUCUAAAAUAUAUAACACUAAUCAAACAAUAAUAUCAAUGUAUAAAAAUAUAAGAACUAAUACACGCACGGAUUAAGCUGUAGUGUAAUUUUAUAGACAUGAGGAGACUGGAAAAAUAAAUGAACCGCAAACUCGGGCACUGGCAGACAAUUAUUGCCAAACGUUAAUGAUGGGUUCAGUUUACAAGUGAGUAAGCCCAUUACAUUAUGAGGACUAGGCCGAUCAGUAGCCCAUUAAGUAACACGCAUGCCCUUUUCGAGAAGCUCCCAAAAUGUGAUGACUUGACAGAAUCUCUGACUUGACAUCAUCAUCUGACGCUGGCUAAUCCAGAAAACCUAACCUAAAAGAGAGUUGAUGGAAUGAUGCACAAAAAAUGAAAUGAAACGACAACCCCAUAAUACAUUUCUUCCCACGUGUCAUAGUCUGCGUGAAUCCACACAUUGUGAGUGAACAUAUUUUAAGUAUAUAGACAAUAGCUUCGGUGUGAACUUCCGCGAAUCUGUGGUUCUUGAGCUAAGGGGAUAUGUAAUUCAAAGUUUGUUGCACAGCUUUCCACCAACAUUUUAACAAACAAAAAACCUCGAUUAUUUUUCAUAUACUCUUUAAUAUAAUGUUGCGUGGAUGACUAUGUUCGUAGAGACCCUUUCACAAGCAACCUCUACUAUUGAACUUGGGAGUUGCCUUAAGUAAAAAGUUAAUUUGUAAUUCGCCUUAUCAUCUUCAAUUUUGAUAGCACAAGGCACAUAACCUUAACACGUUAUUUGAAAAAGAUUUGUGCGUAUUUGAUGAGAGAAUCCAACUACUUUACCGUCCUCACUCUCUUACUCAUUGAAACUCUAUGAUUUAGCUUUCAAUAUUCAACGCAACAUACAUUCUCAUACCUUUUUGGUUUUCUAAACAAAAAAAUGCAUGUAAAGUCAACUGACUUAUAUAUACCAUGCAAAGUCAACAAUGUGCUUUACUCUGACUCUCAGCAACCAUCAGGCCUUAAGGUAAACAAAAUUACUCACACAACCAAAUGGUUACCCCCCACCAAAGUCUUUGUUAAUCUCUUAGUUGAAUUACUUUUCUAUAAAAAGUAAAACAGGCGUACAUUACAUCCACUCCAAAAUCAUAUGCAUAUAUAAAAUAUAUUAUUGUACUAACAGAAUCCAAGUUACAUGAACUAUAUAUAUAUAUUGUAGUUGCAUAGACAACACUAUCACGUCGAUUGCUUCUAGAAUAUAUUGUUUAAAAAACGUUAAGCUAAUAGUAUAUGCUGUCUAUGCCAAGCUAACACUUGUUUUUGUAUUUAAUAGUGGCUCAAAAGGACACGUGGCAAAUUAAGCCCUUGCCAAAUGCGAUUGACAUUUGGCUCUUCCACGUUAAUUAAGUUCUUCGCAUUCACAUCCUUAUAUAAACAAAUGAAACGGAGAAGGUAAGAGUGCACCCACGGAUUGACAUUUAUAAAACUUAAGAAACUCCUUUUGCUCUUCGACCCUUUUAUAAGAGAACGAAACUAUUAUUCUCUAACGUCCAUCGGUGUAUACAUCCUUUUUUGAGUUACCAGCUAAAGAUGGGAAGAUUACCUUGUUGUGACAAGAAUGGAGUGAAGAAAGGACCAUGGACGCCUGAGGAGGAUCAGAAACUCAUCGAUUAUAUUCGACUUCAUGGUCCGGGCAACUGGCGUAUUCUCCCUAAAAAUGCUGGACUCCAAAGGUGUGGAAAAAGCUGCCGUCUUCGAUGGACCAAUUAUCUAAGACCAGACAUCAAGAGAGGAAGAUUCUCCUUCGAGGAAGAAGAAACUAUCAUUCAGCUACAUAGUGUUAUGGGAAACAAGUGGUCCGCAAUAGCAGCUCGUCUACCUGGAAGGACUGACAACGAAAUUAAAAACCAUUGGAACACUCACAUCCGCAAGCGACUUGUAAGGAGUGGCAUCGACCCUGUAACUCACUCCCCGCGCCUUGGUCUUCCUGACUUGUCCUCACUUCUUGCCGCAAUUUUCAAUCAACCAAACUUUUCAUCAGUUGCAACAAAUGCAUCGUCUCUGUUUAAUCUUGAUGUAUUGAGGUUAGCUUCUCUUCUCUUGCCUCCUCAACAACCACUUCAAAACCCCAAUACACUUUACGAAUCGAACCUCGACCAAAAUCUUCAAACUCCAAACACAUCAGUGUCGUCUCAAGGCACUCAACCACAAGCCGAGUGUACAGCUCCAACAAAGGAUGAAACUUCAUAUUUUGAGCCUAUGAACGCAAGGCUAGAGGUCGGUCCUUCAGAUGUACUACCACCUUUGUCAGAGAGUUUUGACUUAGACUCACUCAUGUCAACGCCAAAUUAUUCUCCACAACAAAAUAACAUUGAAGCAGAAGCCAACUCCAGCAGUUUAUUCGACUUUAGGUUUCCGGAUAAUUUUACCUUUGAUGACUUUAUGGGGUUGCUUUAAUUGUCUUUUGUCAACAUAUGCAUAUCUCUACACAUAUCUCCCUGUGAUUCAUGAUUUGUUGCAUUUUUUUUUAUGGUUUAAUGUAUAAACUUAUUGUUUUCCGUCAAAGAUAGACAUACUAUUCUAUACAAUUUUUCACGAAUGUGUAACGAAUAAGGGCGAGCUAUCUUCAAUUUUCUUCAUACGUCAAAUAUGCAGAGGACUACAGUAAAUAACUAAACAUAUAAAUAUAAGCAUCAGUCAAACUAUCGUAGAGGUAGUUGAAGUCGUAUAUCUUCGAGAACGAAUGAAACGGGAACACAUUCCAUGUUGUUUUUAAUAGGCACGCCUCUCUGUAUUCCGUACCGACCGUGUACGUAGCAUAACAUUGUCUUUUUCCCAAGUAAUGUUGAUGAGAUAAAGGUCAUGUUGGUAUGGUGGGUAAGAAGUCGUUAAUUAGGUACGUAGGUAAAAAAGGAGAAUAGUCUUACGUAAAUUGGGCCCAAUCGAAGAUCUGUUUUGAAGCCCUUUAAGUCAUUAAGAGCCCAAUCUAAGGCCUAUUUUCAGGAAGCCUUAGCUAUUAGCCUAUUAUGCAAGUCAACUGCAUACGGUCAUUCUAAAGUAAAUAGGUACUCUCUUUUUUCAAAAGAACAAUUGAUAUCAAAAUAUGAGUGGAUUAGUUUAGGUAUCGCAUAUAUAAAAUAAUGUUUUCUUUUUCAAUUUGAAUCAAUAGAUGAGUGUGGAGCAGCUGAGACUAACUUAAUGGAAUUUGAAUUUGAGGGAUUUAGGUAUUUGGUAUGGGAAAUUAGUGAACAAAGAAUGUGUGAAAAUGUUUAAAGAGGAAGACGACUAGGUGUUGAAAAAUUUAAAAGAGGAAGAAGAUUAGGAAAAAUAAAAUGAGUAAAAUACUCCUUUUUCUCGCCUUUUUUGGUUUCACUUUUUCUGACGGCACGGUUCCCAAGGCGAGCUCCGGGUUCUCUUCUGCCCGUUUAAAAAAACGUUACAAAAUCCAUAUACUUUUUUGAUUUGUCAAAUGCUCGAAAAAGCGAAUCAAUGAUAUAGUCUAUGAUUGUUGGAGUUUUUGUUUGUGUGUUUGGUGAUUGUCCUUUGCAAAUUGGCCCUUUUCUUCCUGUGACUAUACCAUAUUCGCAUCUCAUCUCGCAUUGUUUUAGAGUCCAAUCUCUUCUCCACCAUUCAUAUUAUUAUUUUUUUUCAUUUUCUUGCUCAUAAGUUUA